ACAACACUACCCAUUUGCUCAAACAAACCCAUGUGAAAGCAAUCCCCAUCUCAUAUUCAUCGAUGAAUCGUCCAUCGUCAUCCUCCUUCUCGUAGUUUCUUCAAACAAAUAAGUAUAACACGUCAUUUUUUUUUUCUCAUCUGGGUUCCUUUUUAAUCAUGCCAAAUCCCUUCACUUUCCCUUCUCGAUAUUGGGUUUUCCUGAUUCAUGUGAAAAAUGGUUGAAUCUUGAGAUCAGAUUGUGUCGAAUCUUCAUAGUCAAAGAUUGCUUUCUAGACUUUAUGUAGGGUUUUCAAGAAUAUGUGAUUUUUUAGUCGAAUUGAAGUGGAAUUUAAGGGGGAAAUUGAUGGAUAACAGUGGGAAUUGUAAGACGAUUGUUUGGUUUAGGAGGGAUCUGAGGAUCGAAGAUAAUCCAGCCCUAGCUGCAGCUGCAAGAGAUGGGUCUGUUUUUGCUGUGUUCAUAUGGUGUCCUAAAGAAGAACAACAAUUUUACCCUGGUAGGGUUUCAAGAUGGUGGUUGAAGCAAUCUUUGAUCCAUUUAGGGCAGUCUUUGAGAUCACUUGGAGCUCAUCUUGUUUUCAUGAAAGCUCAGAAUACUAUUUCUGCUCUUAUUGAAUGCAUCACUGCUAUUGGUGCUACAAAAGUAGUGUAUAAUCAACUUUAUGAUCCUGUUUCACUUGUUCGUGAUCACAAUAUAAAACAAAAGCUUGGGGAGCUUGGUGUUCCUGUUCAAACCUACAAUGCUGACUUGUUGUAUGAGCCAUGGGAAGUAUACAAUGGUGAAGGUUAUGCUUUUACAACUUUUAAUGCAUAUUGGGACAAAUGCUUGAAAAUGCAAAAGAAUCCUAUUAUACAUCUUCCUCCAUGCCGAUUGGUGCAAGCCACAGGAUUAGUGGAAGAUUUUGCAAUUGAGAAGCUCGGUCUUGAAGACGAAUCAGAAAAACCAAGCAAUGCAUUACUUGGAAGAGGGUGGUCCCCAGGUUGGAUAAACGCCAACGAAGCUCUUACCACCUUCGUAGAAAACCAUCUGCUUGAUUACGCAAACAAUAGGCUAAAAGUGACUGGAAACUCCACAUCAAUUCUAUCUCCAUAUAUUCAUUUCGGUGAAAUCAGCGUCAGAAAAGUUUUUCACAGCGUGAUAAUGAAGCAGAUUCUGUGGGCAAAAGAACAAAACCAUAAUGGAGAAAAGAGCGUAGCUUGUUUUCUUAGAUCCAUCGGGUUUAGAGAAUAUUCGCGUUAUAUUUGUUUUAACUUCCCAUUUACGCACGAAAGAUCACUUCUAAGCAACUUGAAGUUCUUCCCUUGGCAAACGAAUCAGGCACAUUUUAAGUCUUGGAGACAGGGUCGAACUGGUUAUCCGUUGGUCGACGCAGGAAUGCGAGAGCUUUGGGCCACCGGAUGGCUUCACAAUAAAAUCAGAGUGAUUACCGCGAGUUUCUUGGUUAAAUGUUUGUUGUUGCCAUGGCAAUGGGGGAUGAAAUAUUUUUGGGAUACACUCUUGGAUGCGGAUCUUGAAAGUGAUAUUCUUGGUUGGCAGUAUAUAUCUGGGAGCUUGCCCGAUGGGCAUGAGCUUCAUCGUCUCGAUAACCCUGAGGUUCAGGGAUUCAAGUUCGAUCCGGAGGGCGAAUAUGUGAGACAAUGGCUACCUGAGCUAGCACGAAUGCCAACAGAAUGGAUCCAUCAUCCAUGGAAUGCACCUACACUUGUGCUCCAAGCCGCAGGAGUUGAGUUAGGAUUAAACUAUCCAAAACCCAUUAUUGACAUCGAACUUGCAAGAGAUAAUUUAACAAGCGCCAUACUACUGAUGAACGAGAAAGAAUCCGCUUCAAAGCAACAAGACAACUGCAAUGGAACAAAUGAAGUCGUCUUUGAUAACUGUGAUCCUGAAAAUCCCCCCAUCCCUAAAGUUCUCCUCAAAAAAGAAAAGGCCCCAUGUCCAUCAACAUCUUCAAAUGAUCAGAAGGUACCCUCAAUGCAUAAAGAUGCUCCAUUACCCAAUAAUAAUAACAACAAAAAGAGAUCAAAACCUUCAGAAGGGCAAGAACCCGAUGAAUAUAACUUGCAAGAUUGUAAAACGGAAAGUGAGUUCUCGAAAACAGAUGAUGAUUUGUGUUCUACGGCUGUUUCAUCUUCAGCUAAUAAGAAACAAGCCACUGGAACCAGUAGUUUAGGUUCUCCGUUUCUGAUCCUCAAGUAGCACGAGAAAGUGGUGGUUAUGAAAACAAGCAGAUGGUUAGUAGUAGUUCAUCCCUUCUCUGUUAUAUAUUCGGUAUCUUUUAAGUAGUCGAUGCUUGAAUUCUGAAACUCAGAUCUUAACCAAUUAAUGCUUGUUUCAAAACGAUCUUAAUAUUAAGUGAAGCUGCAUCAAGCUUGUCUGUAUCUGUUCUUUUUGCAAGAUAUGCUCUUGCUUUUCAAUCGUUAGGUGGCGUUUGGUUUGUAGAAUGUGAUAUGUCAGUGUUGGAAUAUGUUAAAA